AUGGUACUUGUUCCUAUAUCAAUCACCAAGCUGUUUGCAUAUGUCAUCAAGGUUAAACAGAAAGAUAAUGAUUUUAUAUUACUGUUUAUAUUUAAGGUUAAACAGAAAGUUAAUGAUUUUAUAUUAUUGUUUAUAUUUAAGGUUAUACGGGAAGAUAAUGAUUUUAUAUUAUUGUUUAUAUUUAAGGUUAAACAGAAAUAUAAUGAUUUUAUAUUAUUGUUUAUAUUUAAGGUUAAACAGAAAGAUAAUGAUUCUAUAUUAUUGUUUAUAUUUAAGGUUAUACGGGAAGAUAAUGAUUUUAUAUUAUUGUUUAUAUUUAAGGUUAUACAGAAAGAUAAUGAUUCUAUAUUAUUGUUUAUAUUUAAGGUUAUACGGGAAGAUAAUGAUUUUAUAUUAUUGUUUAUAUUUAAGGUAAUACAGGAAGAUAAUGAUUUUAUAUUAUUGUUUAUAUUUAAGGUUAUACAGAAAGAUAAUGAUUCUAUAUUAUUGUUUAUAUUUAAGGUUAUACAGAAAGAUAAUGAUUUUAUAUUAUUGUUUAUAAUUUAA